UCUGCGCAUGAGGCUCAGGCUCGAGGAUCAAUACACCGAGAUACCGGGGCAGUCACUUGGGAGAGGAGCGAAAACGCCAAGGCACCGCUGUUAGAAGAAACACCAGAAUAGCUUGAUAUUAACGUCGUAACAUUUUAUUAACUAGCAGCAGCAGACGCAAGCGACAAUGAACGGACAGAUGAAUGGCUUCCAUAACUCCCUCAUUGACGAGGACUGCUUCUUGUUCACCUCAGAGUCGGUCGGGGAAGGACACCCCGACAAAAUCUGUGAUCAGAUCAGUGAUGCAGUCCUGGAUGCCCAUCUCAAGCAGGAUCCCGAUGCCAAAGUUGCAUGUGAGACUGUUGCCAAGACUGGGAUGAUCCUGUUGGCUGGUGAGGUGACAUCACAUGCCACAGUGGACUACCAGAAAGUCGUCCGCGACACCAUCCGCCAAAUUGGAUAUGACGACUCCUCCAAAGGCUUUGACUAUAAGACCUGCAAUGUUCUUGUGGCCCUGGAACAGCAGUCUCCUGACAUCGCUCAGGGUGUUCACAUUGACCGCAAUGAGGAGGAUAUUGGAGCAGGGGACCAGGGCUUGAUGUUUGGGUAUGCCACUGAUGAGACCGAGGAGUGCAUGCCUCUCACAAUUGUCCUUGCCCACAAACUGAAUGCCAAGAUGGCUGAGUUGCGUCGCAAUGGCACCCUUCCAUGGCUCCGGCCAGACUCCAAGACACAGGUCACUGUCCAGUACCGCCAGGACCGUGGCGCCAUGCUUCCAGUGCGUGUGCACACAAUUGUCAUCUCUGUUCAGCAUGAUGAGGAUAUUUGCCUGGAGGAGAUGAGAGACACCCUGAAAGAGAAAGUCAUCAAGACGGUUGUUCCCUGCAUCUAUUUGGAUGAUGACACCAUCUACCAUCUGCAGCCCAGCGGGAGAUUUGUUAUCGGAGGCCCACAGGGUGAUGCUGGCCUGACAGGGCGUAAAAUCAUUGUCGACACCUACGGAGGCUGGGGAGCCCAUGGCGGUGGUGCCUUCUCUGGGAAGGAUUACACAAAGGUGGACCGCUCUGCUGCUUAUGCUGCACGCUGGGUGGCCAAGUCUCUGGUGAAGGCUGAGCUCUGCAAGAGAGUGUUGGUCCAGGUUUCCUACGCCAUUGGAGUUGCCCAUCCCCUUUCCAUUUCUAUCUUCCACUACGGGACCUCCCACAAGAGUGAGAGGGAGCUUCUUGACAUUGUGAAGAGGAACUUUGAUCUCCGUCCUGGAGUCAUUGUCAGGGAGCUGGAUCUGAAGAAGCCCAUGUAUCAGAGGACCGCAGCCUAUGGCCACUUUGGCCGAGACUCCUUCCCUUGGGAGGUGCCCAAAAAGCUCAAAUACUAAACAUGUUAAGCUUUUCCCCCCAGGCCUGUUGGUGUAUACUACAGAGAAGCCUCCAAGGUUCCGGGGGUGAAAUGCCCUUUUCUCUCUCAUAGUAAUGGUAACUUUUAACACUCCCUUCCUCACUCCAACUCCCUCCUUUUGUCUUCUUGCUGUUUUCUGCUGGUUGCAGUAUCGUACUGGGUCACAGGAGGCAUGCCUCAGAAACUCGAUGUUUAAAGAAUUGGAUGGGUUCCAUGAACUCAUUCACCAUAGUACUUCAUGUUCUCCCACGUGUUGAGGUUCCCCUGCUUCUUGUUGUGAUAAACCCCGAAAUUGCUGUUUAGUUGUUCUCCUCUUGGCAUUCCAUCCUCGUCAGUGUAGUCAGUCUUUUAUUCAGUGUCAUGGCGGUAGCAUAUUAGGCUAUAUGCGAUACCCAUCUUAAUUCACUGGUGCUAUGGAGUCUGCGUGACAUCUAAAUUUAUCAUGUCCACCUAGAAGCGGAAUUUGAUAGUCGGAGGGUCCUUUUUGAUCUGGCGCCUUCCCAAAUGAGCUCAGUGUCUUUCUAAACAUUCCUCCCUCGUCAGUCUGGUACAAUUACACCCUGACCCUGUGUUCUUUAUCCUUUUUGUUAGCUUUAUUCCCGCGUCUUUGUGGAGGAUGCUAGAAUGGCACAAUUAGAAUUCAAGGGUUGUUGCUGUUGUCACAGAAAAUGCUAUGCAUUGCAGGCUAAUGGGCGAGCCAAAUCCGAAUUAUUCAAGCUCUCAAAUGAGCUUAAAGCCUCAGAUGCCCCUACAGGCCGUUGCUGUUUUCUGACGUAAUACAGAAAAGUCAGAAGCUGCUAUGUCACUGCUCUGGUCUGCAGAGGUAUGUGUUAUACUUUAUGGCAUUGAAAUUGGAUUGUUUAUGCAUUGAAAUUCAGUUUUAAAUGAGUCCUUUUUAAAUGUAGUUUAACUUGCAUUCUUAUGGUUUGAAGUGACUAAAGGUCCUUAUACUCCUUAAGGAUAUUGACGGCAGGUGUAGCUACAGAGAAACCUGAUGCCCGUCUUUGUCCUAAGGAGUGUUUCUUUGCCACAGAGUCUUAUUGGCUUGGAGUCAAACCUUAACACUAUUUAUUUGUUCUCUGAAACUCAGCGUGGAUACAGAGAAGCUGAGGUUUCAGAAGGCAGCUUUAAACACACUUGGCUAUUGAAUCUUGAAUUCCUUUUGACUUGACCAUUUUUCAGUGUUUAGCUUGAGGCUCCAGAGUGUCCUACAGAAAAGCUUUGGUCCACCUCAACAACAAAGUGUCACUGGCUACUGUUAAUGACUAUUUUGCAACCUUUUUUUAUUUUUGGACUGUAGAUCAUAUUUUUAAGUGGGUUGGUUUUUGAACUCCCGUUAAAAUGUCUGGUGCAAUUCUUUAGCUCUUACCUAUCCUCAAUGGCAUGGCAACAUUUGGUUGGUGUAGUACAGAGAAACCAGCCUUGUUUACACGGCCAUCCCAUGUGGGGGAUAGGUUCAAGUUUUGGUUUUGUUCCCUUUACCACUUGGAGGUCAUCUCGUUGGUUACAGUAAGCGUAAGAGUGCCUUUUCUAUUUCCUCUACUCCCCCUUUGCUUUUCUCCCUCUCCUACCAACAUGCGCUCAACUUCCAGAGGAACAAGUAGCUCAUACUGUAUUAUGCUUCAUGUCUAGACUGGGUAGUUAUGCUCUGUAAUAAACUACUCCUUUCAAA